AUGGACAAGAAAAUUUUGAAGUUUGAGGAAGAGAUUCAGAAGAUUGAUGACAUGGUCAGUAAUGGGAGCUAUGAUGGGAUAGUGGAGGCAAGACGGAAGGCGCUAGUGGCUUGUUCUGAGAAAUGGUAUGUGAGGAAAGAACUACAUUGGAAGCAGAUGUCAAGGUCGAGGCAUGCGAAGGACAUGGAUAAAAAUACGAGGUACUUCCACAACCUAGCUUCUGCCAGACGGAGAAAUAAUAGGAUUGAUACUUUAGUCAUUAAUGGAAGAUUGAUAUGGAAUCAAGCUAGGAUUAAGCUUGCCAUCAGGGAGUUUUAUAAAGACUUAUAUCAUCAAGAGAGGUCUCCUGAGAUGGGGUUUAGAGAUGGUCUGGUGCAAAGGAUUAGCGAAGAGGAUUCUAUUGCUCUAGAGAUGCUACCGUCACCUGAGGAGGUUAAAGAGGCGGUGUGGGAUUGUGAAUCGUCCAAGGCUCCAGGAUGUGACGGUUACAACAUGAACUUCAUAAAGAAGUGCUGGGCUGAUAUAGGUUCGGAUUUCACGGUAGCGGUACUUGGCUUCUUCCAAUCUUCAAGGUUGCCGCAUGAUGCUAAUAUCAUGUGGGUGGCGUUGGCCCCCAAGUUCACUGGUGCUAAGGAAAUCAAAGAUCUGCGUUCGAUUAGCAUGGUGGGGUGUGUAUACAAGGUAAUUUCGAAGAUGCUGGUUAGGAGAAUGAGAGGUGUCAUGCCAGGGUUAAUAGGUGAAACACAGAGUGCUUUUGUUAAGGGUCGGAAGAUUCAUGACGGAGUUCUAAUCGCAUGCGAAACGGUUCAGUGGAUCAAACAGAGGAAGAAGAAAGCGGCAGUAAUAAAGCUCGACUUUCAGAAAGCAUAUGACAGAGUCAAGUGGAGCUUUGUAGACCUUGUCUUACAGAAGAUGGGAUUUGGUCAAAGAUGGAGGGGGUGGGUUAUGGAGUGUGUGAGCACGUCCUCUAUGAUGAUUGGAGAGGCUGUGAGAAAUGGUCGCAUAUCGCCGUUGCUGGUUGGGAGAGAUCAUAUUGAGCUGUCGUACCUACAGUUUGCAGAUGAUACUGUCUUAUUCUGUCCUCCUGAUGAAGAGACAAUCAAGAACUAUAGGAGGCUGCUUCGAUGCUUUCAGUUGAUUGUGUUGGAAUGUAAGCAAGCCAAUCUACCAGUUAAAUAUCUGGGCAUAUCGCUAGGAGCAAACCCAAGGAUGGUUAAGACAUGGAAGCCAGUAAUAGACAAAGUGGAGGAAAAGCUUAGCCUCUGGAAGGCCAAGAUCCUGAAUAAGGCAGGUGUUGCAGGUGGAAAUGGUCCCGGCGGAUAUAUCAAGCUACAGUUUCACAAGGACUAUUUGGAAAGGCCUGGUCCCUCCCAGGGUAGAGUUAUUUGUCUGGUUUGCCCUGAUUGGCAGAGUCAAUACGAAGGAGAGGCUGAGUCGGCUUGGGGUCAUUCACCAAGAAGAUAA